AUGGUUUUGGCGGCGGCUCCGCAGGAUGCCGUGCACCGCGUGGAGGGUGCUUUGCGGCGAUGGGAGCAACAUCGACAGAACCAACAGCGACUGCUGCGCCUCCUAACAACAAUUGUCGAGACGUUGGAGGCCACAAAACACCAUUCACAUGAGAAGUGUGCGGCGAUCGCCCCUUCCGAGACGCUGCCGCUCCCCGUCAUGAGCCCAUUCCCGUCGUCAUCAUCUUUGUCGUUGUCGUCGUCCAUUACUGUGGACGCUGCUCGUAAUGGGCAUGGCGUGGCGAUAAAGCUUGAUCCGUCUACACAGGUCGCUCUUGGUGAUGUUCUGCGCACUCUAGCAAGAUCACAACAAUUUAUUGCAGUUGCAUGCUCGAGAUUCUCCUGGCGUGUACAAACCAUUAAUGAAGAUGUGCAGCGCCUCUGUAACGUUUUAAGGGACGGAACUUCUCUUGUGCGAAAACAACUGGAUGUGCAGAGGAAUGGACGUGCAUUGGAGGCUCUUCUCUUGGCCGCGCUGGCAACCAUUGUGCGUUCGGGUUAUGAUGACACUUCUGACACGGCAGAGCACCCUGGAACGGAACGGCCAAAAGAACAACAAGAAGAAGAGAAAGUGGAAUGUCCUCUUGCAGUGCCAAAUGCCUUAUUCCACAGCAUCUCCUUACGGCCGUAUUGGCGAAAAGAAGAACGCACAUUCUCUGCUGCUAUUCAUGACGUCACUGGCGUCUACGACUGUUCCGCCUGCACCACAUGCAACCUGCUACGUUCUUCACUUCUGGAGACGCUUUCUGCACAAAGGUGCUUUCCUUCGCCGCAAGUCUACCGUACACGGCGUGCGGCACGCUACGCGUGGUAUCGUGAAAUGAACGAGGCCGCGGCACGGCGUCGGGCGGCUCAAAAGUCCCAAUGGGAGCGUCAUGAAAGAAUGACUGAGGCUCUUUCAGAAGAUGAAUGGGCUACGCUAACCGCAGAGGACAUGAAAUAA